GGAACAAAACAAAAUCAAAACACUAUUUUGCCUGUCAAUUUUGACACAUGUUUUGACAAAAAAAAACACGGUCCUCUCCAGUCGUCGAAUCGAAGAACAUGGGUGUUUUAGCAGAGCUAGCUGGUGAUGAAAACAGCGGAGAAGGUGCUCGCACUUUUGUCUUUGAAGACGAAGGUCAUACGCUGGGAAAUGCCUUAAAAACAAUCAUCAGUCGAUAUCCUGAUGUUGAUUUCUGUGGCUAUACAAUUCCCCAUCCCACAGAAAACAAGCUUCACUUUCGCAUUCAGUCGCGAAAGAAUCGAGCAAUUGAUGUUCUGAAAAGAGGCCUCGAAGAUCUCGAUUCGCUGUGUGACUACACAAUUGAAACAUUCGAGAAGGAAAUUAAAGCUUUCAAUGAAAAUAAAGUUAUGAUUUAAUUCAAUUUUAAGAGUAAGUUAA